GUGGUAUAGUUUACGGCUGGGUUGAGCUUGGUUGUGUGACAGUGGUGGCCCACCUACAAGCCAAAGCUCCCUUUUGAUUUGGCAUGAUGCAUGUUUUUCUUUGUCUUGGGACAUGGAUUUUACUGGCUGUUGCAGUCUCUGGUGUGUUCCAGAGGCCAAGUUUCAAGCCCAGUUCACAUCCAGAUGGUGGUUUGAGGUCUGAGUGCCUUUGGAAUAUCAUGAGGUUAACAUUGGACAAAACUCUGGCUGUGGGGAGCCAGCUAGAAAUCUCUGCCAUCAAUGGCACUGACAUUAUACCGUUGUCGCCCACCUUGGCUGCUCAGUGUGGCUACAGCAUGGAGUCUGACCCUUGGGGAAACACCAAAGUCUUUGUGUCCUUGUUGGGCUGUUAUGUUGCCAACCAGGCGGAUGCAACAUUUAACCUUGGCCUGCGAUUCCGAAUGUAUGGCGAUGGGCUGUCAAAGCAGGUCCAGCAUAACGUGACAGAGACUUGCAGAUACUCCCGCUGGGCCUCCCGGGAAAUUCUCUGUGACAGGAACUACAUGGAGGUGUCAACCCUCAUGGUCACUCCGGAGGUCCCAACAGUAGAUGGCCAGAAGGUUCAAGAAGCAUCCUGGCAGGAUGCCAUUCCUGACACUGUUGCUGCAAACAGCAUCUGGAAGAUUACAUUCCACACCCCUGACUCGAAGGUCAUGGUGCUGAAGGAUGCUCACCGGGCUGGUUACGGCGCAACAACUACCCCAACAAGACUGGUGUUGCGAAGCCCCUACAACAUGGCAGAGACCUACUCUGAAGACGUGGCAGGUGUUCCCAUGGAGGUCUUCAGUGUGUCCACUUACUACAAGCAGAUUCGCAGGUUGGCCAUCAUGGAUUUGGCUGCUGCCUGUCCUACAGGAGGCUUGGUCUUCACUGAUGAGGUGAUCACCUGGCACGUGCCUCGCCGCAUCACCCCGCUGAUCUCUAGCGCCGUCAAGAUCCUGGAGACCCACAUGGGCAUCGAUGGCCAGAGGUUGGACAAAACCAUGAUGGCCACCAGGCGCUACAAGCUGUCAAUCACUGAGUCUCAUGUUGUCAUUGAGCUUCCAGUGGGGUCACCUGAUGGCUACUACAAGAGUCACGCCCCAGAUUAUGCAUACCACAUAACCUACACUGUUGAACCCAUGCUUGAGUUGCUGUGGAGGGCGGACGACACACAGGCUGACACGAGAUACAAAGUCCUCUUCCCCAUCACUACCCCUCUGAUGCCCAGGCCUCCACAUGUUAUUGGAAACACAGUUCCUGAGCAUAAGGUGUUCGACGUCCUCUUGGGGACCUUCCUCCAUGAUGUGGAGCUGCUGAACAUUACCUUCUCCGCCAAGGUGCUGACUGUCGCUGAGUGCAAUGCCAGAGGCUUUGACGUUCAGGAGCACCGCUUCGCCAACAGCUCAAAGACCUUCUCGCUACAAGUGCCCUUCUCGGAUGAAGUUGUCCUUAAACAUAACCCUGAUCCCAUGACGACUGUUUACUUCCUCCCGCUGGUCUUUGGUCUGCUCAUCCUGCCUGAACAAACCCCAUUCUCCCACCCUGCUGAGCUCGAGGCCUCCCUGGAAGAUGUUGUGCUUCCCACAAUCACUGGAUUCUGCGACCAGGAACAUUUCUACAUUUCUGUGAAAUAUGGGAGCCAAGGGGCCAACUUCCAGACCAUGAUGCUUCAUGCUGGUUCAUGGAGGGAGCUGGACACUGAGCUGUAUAGUCUCUCUGACAACCGCACGCACUUCAGUAUCGUAGUGCCAUUCACCGCUCCUGAUACAGUGUUUGAGAUGGUACAGUCUGACUCUGUCAGAGCCAGAGUAGACUUGCUGCUCUUGGAGACUCCUAACAUGUGGAAACUCAACGACCUCUCGCUCGCCUGCUACUUCCCCUUGACCAUGACUGAGUGCUACUCCAAUGGCACAGUGACUGCACUAGCAGUGAAGGUGGAAUCUGUUAUUAACCUAAACCCUGAAUACCUGACCUUGAGUGACCAGUCAUGUAAACCUGCCUUCAGCAAUGACCGCUUUGCCUUCUUCUCCUUCAACCUCAACUCCUGUGGCACCACCAGAACAUUCUUUGACAAUUUCAUGGUGUACGAGAACGAAAUCGCCAUGCACCACAGCACAAGCAAACAUCAAAGUAGGAAAGGUCUGAUCAAUCCAGAAUAUCGGCACACAGUCUCCUGCUACUACCUGCUCAACCACACUGAGACCAUGGCGUUCCGUACCAGGCCAAGGAACCAAGAUCUUAAGGCUGCUCUUGGAGUGGGACAACUAGUGGUCCAAAUGAGACUAGCCCAGGAGGUUUCUUAUGACUUAUUCUACCAAACGGAGGACUACCCAGUGGCGAAGUACUUGCGACAGCCUCUGUAUUUUGAGGUGGAGCUUAUGCAGUCUACUGACCCUCGGAUAGAGCUGGUCUUGGACAACUGCUGGGCGACUCUACAUGAGGACAGGACCACUCUACCUAGCUGGGACCUCAUUGUGGACAGUUGUGAAAAUCUUGAUGACCGCUACGUCACAGUCUUCCAUCCGGUCGUUGCAGACGCCAGGGUUCAUGUACCCGCUCACAUCAAACGCUUCUCAGUCAAGAUGUUCACCUUCACCAGGGAUGAGAACGUCCUGAAAGACCAGAUCUUUGUUCAUUGUGAUGCAGUCCUCUGCGACACCACCAAACAUGAUGGAAUCUGCUCUGGCCAGUGUGCGAACCCCCUUAGGAACGCAAAGCCCCUCAGACAAACUGGCUCAAAAAGGGAUCGCAGAGCCGCAGACGCCAGCCAGCAGCAGAUCUCAUCUGGACCCAUUCUACUGUCUGACUCAUCUAACUUUGUUUAGAAAAUGUAAUAAAAAGUAUUCUCUUAA